GGGGAGGUGACCCUGCGGUGCCGGGCCCAGGACUUCUACCCCGCGGACAUCUCCCUGACUUGGCAGAGGGAUGGGGAGGAACAGCUCCAGGACACGGAGUUCAUUGAGACCAGGCCGGCGGGAGACGGGACCUUCCAGAAGUGGGCAAGUGUGGACGUGAUCUCGGGCCAGGAAGAGAAAUAUACCUGCCGAGUGCAGCACGAGGGACUGCCUGAGCCCCUCACCCUGAAGUGGGAGCCAGAGUCCUCAUUCCCCUGGUUCAUUGUGGUGGUCAUUGCUGCCCUCCUCCUCCUCAUUGCAGUCAUUGCUGGAGUUGUGAUCUGGCAGAGGAAGAAUUCAGGUAGAAAAGGAGGGGACUAUGUUCCUGCUUCAGGUAAGUGAAGGGUUGACUUGGAGGGAAGAAAGAUUGGCCCAGACCAUGAUAUCUCUG